UCUGGCUUUCCGUAGCUCCACCUGACUACGUUGGCAACAUGGCGUCGUCAGAUGUCCACGUCCGAAUAUGUGAACAAGAAAUACUCAAAUAUGACUUGGAAAUUAAAGCUCUCAUCCAGGAUAUCACUGAGUGCACAGGCCCUCAAAGCAAGCUGACAGAAUUAAAUGGAGAAGUGAAAAAGAAUUUCCACAGCUUAAGAUUACGGAUUCAGGACUUGGAGCAGAUGGCAAUGGAACAGGACAAAGAGUCAGACAAGCAAGCCUUGAUGACUCAGGUCGAGAGACACAGAAAACAGAUGCUCAGUAACCAGACAGCCUGGAGGAAAGCCAACCUGUCCAGCAAACUUACAAUCGACAACAUGGAAAAGCAGGCCCUUCUUAACGGAGCCGAUGAGUCUGUGAGGCAGAGGAAGAUGACCAAAGAGGGUCUGGCCCAGACCGCCAGCGACAUCACAGAAAAUCUUAUGAGUAUCAGCCGAAUGAUGGCCCAACGAGUUCAGCAGAGCGAGGAGACCAUAACGUCACUAGCAACCUCCUCCAGAACAAUCCAAGAGACAAAUGAGGAGUUUAAGACCAUGACGGGGACCAUUCAGCUCGGGAGAAAACUCAUCACCAAAUACAACCGCAGGGAGCUCACUGACAAGCUGCUUAUCUUCUUGGCAUUAGCUCUUUUCCUCGCAACAGUCCUCUACAUCCUAAAGAAGAGACUGUUCCCCUUCCUGUAGACCAAAGAGGUUCUCCUGUGACCACGUACGGUACUUUCCAUCGUCAGUGGAAAUGAUUUAAACAACUCUGAAUGUUGCGUGCCGUGUUAGACACAUUACACGUGAGCGUCUGCACAGUGGAAUGCGGACUGCUUGCUUGACUGAACUGAGAUGCCGCUGAGGGUGAAAUAUUGUCCACAUAGAGGGAGAUCGGCCUACAGGGCUACAGCUCAGAGGCAGACUAAAGGAAAAAAAAAAUCAUUGUACUGCUUUGAGGAUGCAAGAUGUGUCUUUACUUGAGGGCAGAUAGCAUGCUGAUUAAUAUAAAAUGUGACAUUUGACUUUUAUGAUUGAUUUAUUUUAAAAAGAAAGUCCAAAAUAUUAGGGCCGCUUUUUAGCUUCACCAGUUUUUAUUAGCAAGUGUGUUGCUGAACGAUUAUUGUAGUGAGCAGUGAUCUUAAUUACUGUAUUCAAGGCUAUAACUGCUAUCAAAUGACACCAUAUUAAAAACAUAUAUAUUUGGGCUCAAAACUAGGCCGGAACAUGUUUUAAGAUUACCAGUGGAAACCAAGCCAUUUACCGCAAUACAGUUUUCCAUAAAUACUUUGCAAAUAAUGUUUCAGAUUUUAUGGGAAUCUACUGUGGAACUUACUUCCUGUAACAUAUAAUUUAUUACUGCAUAAUGAUGACUUCUUUCCAUUUAUUUAAAUAGAAUAUUUAAGUGCUUUUUAACUUUAUUAUGAUUCAGGCUCAGCUGCUCUCACUCUGCAUUUUACUUUUUGAACAGCACUCAUAGGGUGUACACACACACUUCUGACUGUCUCCGUGUUUAUUCAGUUGCCGUGCAAAUCGAAGUAAAAAAAAAAACCCUGUAUUAAGCGUAAGAUUGGACACACUCUGCUCCGUCUCUGUCCACGUAAACCCGGCUGUGGCUCGGCAGCCGAGCAGAAAAGCUCAGAAAAGGAGUAGCGGUGUUCACACUGGCAGAGAUAGGACAGCAUGCACCCCUGCCUUUCUUCAGAUAAGACCCGGAAAAGCAGAUUAUUCCGACCCGUUUCCCUCUCCCUUUCCAGUGUGAGUGGAGGGUGAGGGGGGAUAUUUUUAGGUUUGUGUGGCAUUGUUAUCUGACGUUGCCUUUUCAACACCACAGAGGAGAGGGUGGCCAGAGAAGCUACAUGACCUUGCCACCCUUUCUGCAAUUGCCUGGCAUUGCCAUUUCGUUUAUUAUUUGUAA